AUGAGUCGUGUUCAACAUGGUGAUUAUCAGCAUCGUGGAAACAGCGUCAACUCCUCUGGCAGAAGAGUCUUAUCUGCUGUAAGAGCCUCCAUUCCUGAUGAUUCCGUGGUGGACUCUACCAAGCGUAAACCGAAACACAGUGAUCCUGCUCGUGCCAGCUUAGACUCUUUCGUCUCGCUGCAAAGAAAUUACGCAACUAAACCAUCCACAUUGGCAAAUGCAGCACACGGACGGCAUGAAGGCACAAAGAAUGCGUGGGCCCCAACCAUAAUGACGAGAUCUGGCUCCAACAGAGUGAGUGAUAGUAACGAGCGGAAUGUUUCACCAAAGUUACCCAUUCGAGUACUGAAGGUAACAGGACCGGUGGAGAACUAUGAUACUUCUUCAUCCGCAGUCGUACGAGAGAGAGUGCCGAAUAGGCCUGUUCGUGGGAAUGCUCCUCCUUUUAUUCUUCCACCGGUUUCGAAUGAAAGCAGUAGAAGUAGAGUGGAUACGCCUUCGCAUGCCAAUCACUGGGGCAAUAGUAGCAGUAUGAAUAACAGUAAUAAUGCCAUAUUCAUCGGAAUAGGACCUGGUAAGAAUCAGAAUGGUUCCCAGAGGUCCCCUGAACCGUUAAUAAAUACCCCAAUUAUAAAAUAUACACAACCGCAAGUAUCAGGGGAUGUAAUGCAUGUUUCUGAACUCCCUCCAAACAGGAAUGGAGACAAUUCUAUUCCAUUGGAGAAAAAUCCAACACCAAGGACGGAUGUUCAGAGUAAUCAACUUGAGAGGCCCAGUAACCCAAAUAUUAGCAAGAGUAGUGCAGCUACUACCGUACUACAUGCACCUCAACACCCUUAUAAUAUGAAAAAGGAAACUCAGGGUACGAUACCUGAGAAAAAAAGUAUUUCAAGCCAAAGUACAUCUCUAAGCAAUGCAUCUACUCUUCCACCUAACGCAGCACAUAUUUCCACUACAACAAUCACACGAACUAUUCGAAAAAUUAAAUAUCUCCCUGUGGAAGAAGAGUACAUUGAAAGUGAUGAUGAUGAUGAGGGGGAACCUCUUGAAAAUGUUGUACCACCUUCUACAGCUGAAACUUUUAUCAGAGGAAGUGGAACUGGUUGGAGGUCCUCUUUAGGGCAAUCAUCUGAUGAUACAGAGAAUAAUGGGAAUGGUCAAGUCACACAAUGCAAAUCCGGUGAACCAGCCGCAUCAAUGUAUCAAUCAACACUCCAAUCCUCCCGCACCAACAGUGGAUUGUCAACUGUAAGUCUUCUCAGUUCAAAUAAGUGGGCACGCCGUAAUUACAUAAUGACUCCUGUUCAGACUGCACCAGAAGUAUAUCCAGCACGGGCUCCUAUAAUAGCACCGAAAGGGAAAGGUAUUCUAAAUGGUGCAAAUUUUCUGCUUCAACGACAUCAUCAAUUUGUGGAGAUUGGCCGACGUACGUUUGCACGACAUAUGCAUAAUAAUUCCAGCUGUACAGGCUCUAACGAUACGGAACCGCGUCCAUUUUUGAUAGCUCCUAGUAUCAACACUGUAGGUGCUCCUAUUAAUAAUGAUAAUAAUAAUAAUAUUAAUAAUGGUAAUCAUCAUCAUCAUCAUCAUCGUUAUCAUAGUGAUAGUGGUAGUGGUAGUGAAAAUGCUCGAUUUGAUAAUGCAAGUGGGGCUUUGAAUAGAAAAGGUAGUGAUGAAAGUGGAAACAGUAAGGAAAGAAGUGUACCCACUCAGUCAAGCGGCAGCAGUGGAACUCCUCGGGGUACGGUGCCCAAUUCCCACCGUUUACAAGAAAUUUCAAGUAACCGACAACUUUCGUGUUCGAUGCGUAGCAACGCCUCAUGUGCAACGGUAACACAAGCCAUCACGGUGGAUCCCACUGGAGAUGCCGACGCGGACGAUGUGGACUUAGCGAAGAAGCCAGACAGCAAGCGACCACGACGCGUGAUCGUGACGGAUGUGGACUGGGAUGAAGAGGGAGAGUACGAAGAUGAAUAUGAUGAUGAGGAGGAAUAUGAAGAGGAAGAAGGAGAAGAAUAUGAAGAAGAUGUGUAUACGGGGGAGGUGUAUGAUAUGGCCGUACCUGCAUCACCCACGCUAACAGUUGCAGCACCUAAUGUGGUGAAUCCUGACUCUACUGCUGUCACUAAUGAACAUGUAGAUUCUGACAGUGGGUCCUCAAGCACUGAUUGA